ACUUUAGUAUAUUGAGCACGAUAAAGGGUAUUUCCCCAAAUUGAGAAAUACAAGUGAACUUUGAAAAAACAUCUGACUUGAUAUUUUUAGUUGUAGUUGCAUUAAAAGUCUCACAUAAUUGUACAUAAAAAGUUUUUAUAGUAAUGAAGAAGGUCAUAUUGACAAAGAGUAGUAAUAGGGAAUUUGCAACUACCAUGAAGGUAACCAGUCCUGAUAACGCUAAAUCAAAAAUAGAUUAUUCAGAACUAUUUCGUGUUGUUCUAAAAAUACCCGAAAAAGAUGUACAACUACGUAUUUUGGAUGCAGUUAAUGGCAGAACUUCUACUGGAAAUAUUGUGCACGCCAUAUGCCCAAAUUGCAAACAUACCUUUGACAAUGCGGUGCUGUCAGGCAAGGAAGCGGGCACUCAAACAGAUUUCCUUGAAGGAGCCAAUAAAUCAGAUACAACAGUGGUUGUACCAAUGGAUGUGACGCAAACCGUUUCUAUUUCAAGUAGCAAUGGUCAGGAUUUUAAUAUAAUGUCGCCAGUUUUGCAAAAAGCUAAAGUCUCCUUAUCAGCAAAACAAAACCUGUCUACAAUACCUCAAAAUUUAACGGUAUCAAAGGAUACAGAAAGUAGUCAAACUCCAAAUAUGAUUGAACCACAAUCAGCCGAUGCAACCGCAGUUACUUCUAACCUACCAAUGAAAAGAAAGCGGAAGCGGAAGGUUUGCUUGCCUCAAGUUGUAAAACGAUCACAUGCCCAAAUGGCACUUACACAUAUGCAACCAAGAUUGAAAAGUAGAAAAGUUCAAAAGAGUCCAGAAUUGUAUCAAAAGGCAUCAGAUGAUGGGAAUGACGCGUGCCGUCGUGACUCCAUCAGUUCUCUUGAUUCUGAUUUAAUAAAAGACGUGCUUUGGCUUUCACCGGAUGAACAUAAAUCAAAAGAGGAUCAUAUAAUGCGCACCAUGGCCGAAGAAUGUUUGGAGGCAGAUCGACGAACAGAAGGACUGCUAACUAUACACCGCACUAUAGUUCAAAAUGAUUUGUAUGCGUUGCGAAGACAAAUAUUUGUUUGGAAGAAAUUUAAAAAAGUGCAGGACUUAAACUACCUACUUACCGAUGAAGAUGAAAAUUGUUUGCAAUUGGCAAUUGCUCAAGAUUGUUUUCCCAAAAUCAUUGAUGUUUUGAUAAGUGAGGGCUUAAACGCCAACGAAAUCGACUGUCAUUCCAAUACAUGUGUUCAUUUAGCCAUUCUAAACGAAAUUGAAAACGAAUCGCUACGUUUGCUCAUGCGAAAAAUUGAUCCACAACUAUUAUUACAUUUAAAUGAUGAUGGAUACACACCACUGCAUAUGGCUGUGCGUGCCAAUAGCUACUUACGUGCAGAAAUUAUGUUGAAUACUUUAGAUGAAAGGCUUUUGGGAAAACCAAUAUUUAAUCGUAAUAUACGGGCGUCCCUUAGCGAAAAGGAAUUCGGUAAAUAUUAUGAAGAAAUAUGCAAAAAUCUGGAAAAACAAUGUGGUAAUGUAACGAGAAAUGCGCAACCGAAAUUGAAGAAAAAAGUUCUAGAGACAGGUGAUCGCAAAAGUGGGAAUACAGCCCUGUUUUUUGCAGUGGAAAAUAAAUUAGAACAUUUCGUGUUCUUCCUGUUGGCACAUCUAACUGAUCCUCGAAUUUUGAAUUAUUGUGGGCAAGACGCAAAAUCGUAUUAUUCUGAAUUUGGCAAGAUGUUGCAAUUGAGCUUGAGGGUCGACAGUGCUAUGGAAAACGUCGUAUCAUUACUCCGCUAGAAAUUAGCUAAAAACAAUUUUUGGAAUGGAACUAGUUAAUUAUUGUUAAAAAUAUAAGUUUCUUUUGUUUGAAAUA